GACGGAGGACAUCCACCGACCAACACAACCACCACAAAGGCGCAUGAGGGUGCUGCAGGGGCUGCUGCUGGCGGCGGCGGCAGCGGCUGAGCAGAUUGUCUUCCAGCGCAAGCUCACUGGACGCUUCCUACAUAUCUCCGACGUCCAUCCUGACCGCUUCUACACGCCGGGCGCCAAGCUCAUGGACAUGUGCCAUCUAGAGCCCUCUGAUGCGAAAAAGAAGAAGGAUCACCAUGAUGCGCGUGCCGGAUACUGGGGUCCAGAUCCAGGCAGCGAAUGCGAUACACCAAUCCAGCUCGUCAAUGCAACACUGGACUUCAUCGACCGGGCCUUUGUCCAGCAAGGCGGCGUGGACUUUGUAGUCUGGACAGGCGACUCGGCGCGCCACGACAAUGACAACCGCUAUCCGCGGACGCUGCCCCAGAUCUAUGAGCUCAACCACAUGAUGACACAAGGCAUGCAUCGCGUCUUUGGCACGGAUCGUUUCAAGGAGAGCACCAUCCCCGUCAUCCCAACCAUCGGCAACAAUGAUGUCUGGCCGCAUAAUCUGAUGUUCCCGGGACCUAGUAAGACAAUUGCCAAGUACAAGGAGCUCUGGAAACUGUGGAUUCCACCGGAGCAGAUACACACAUUUGAUCGCGGCGCCUACUUUCAUGUCUCUGUUGCACCAAAGCUCACCGUCAUUUCCCUCAACUCCAUCUUUUUCUACGAGAACAACGCUGCCGUGGAGGGUUGUAGUGUAUAUGAGCCAGGAUCGUUGCAGCUAGACUGGCUAGAGAUUCAACUUCGCAUCUUUCGACAACAGAACAUCAAGGUCUGGAUCAUUGGGCAUGUUCCACCGACAAACCGGCAGUGGUACGAUGACUGCUUUGACCGCUAUGCAAACCUUGUUGUUGAGUAUCGCGAUCUGGUCAUUGGCCAGCUUUUUGGUCACGUCAAUAUUGACCACUUUUACUUCAUGGAAUACCAACAGCAGAAAAAGGUGAAGGCUAUGGGCAAUCCUCUCCAGAUACUGCUCGACGUGCGAGAUGACUUUGAUGCGCUUCCACCAGCCACUGACAAUUUGGAGCAUCUCGCUGUUGUUAACGUUGGACCGAGUGUCGUGCCAAACUUUUACCCUACACUGCGCGUGUAUGAUUACGAGACUAACCCUUUGGCAAUCGACAAGAAGAGAAAGAAGAAGCGGAAAAAGACAAAGCUACCACCAGUGGCUCAUCUUGGGCCUGCCCAUGAGCGGCAACUCUAUACGCCACUCAAGUAUACCCAGUACUAUCUCAACCUCACUGCAGCUAACGCUGAGCCAAAGGCGCCAAUUGAGUACCAAAUUGAAUAUGAUACUACCGCGCAACCAUAUGCCAUGCCGGAUCUGACGCUCUCUUCUUGGGUCAAGCUUGGGAAGGAGCUGAGUGGUUUGCAUGGCCAGGGCAAAUUCACAGAUAAAGACUUUUGUCAAACAGACCCUUUACUUACCGCACUACCAGUCUGUCAAGGGCACAAGUCAGCGAAAAAGAAGAAGCGAAACGACGAUUAUUGGGACAUCUUCAUUUAUCGUGGUCUCGUCAGUACAGGCUUGGAGAAGGAGCUCAGGGAUGACCUGUGAGCUGUUUCUAUGAGAUCACUGGAGCAGAAGAACAUCUUUUGACCAAUUUUUGGCCAUGUCGAUCGGUAGGCGGCUAUGAAAGCUGCUCGUGUCGCAGUCUGCUCGUGGUAAGUUCAUCCGUCCUCUUCAUAGAGGGAGAGUCAUGCUUAGAAUUGGUUUUAUCCAGCUUGCUCUUCAGGUAACCUCAAACAUCA